AUGGAGAAAAUUUUCUCAUGGUCGCCUUGCAGCGGAUGGUUAUGCCUUGCAUCACAAGUACAAGGCGCAUUUCAGAUCAACUUCUUCACUCACAAGGGAACACGAUCAGAAGAUGUUGUCGUACAAAGGAAAAAUGCCGUCUGCGCAGUUGCUUGGCAUCCGACUGAGGUUCUGGUUUGUGUUGCGUGGGACGAUGGUCAGCUGGAUGUUCUUUCACCAGAAGUCAAUACCGAUUAUAAAGUGGACGAGCAACCUAGCAACAAAGUGAUGUUUUUGAAUUGGAGUGGUGAUGGAAAAACGCUAUGCGCCGUUACGGAGGAUGGCAAAUGUGAGCUGUACUCGCUAUCCGGCAAAACCCUGAAAAGAAGUGGUGAAUACGGUAUGGGCGAUAAACCAACCGGUGCCUGUGCCCGUAUUAGUCAUGUACUGCCCGAAAAAUCUCUCAUGGAUGGCGAUGAAAACUCGUUGAAGACCAAAAAUAAUCUAUCAUCAUUCGAGGAACUCGGAAAGAUGAAUGGUCUCUCAAAACCAGUGCAAAUGCCUACUGCGAUAAAACAUUCCUUUGUUGUGAGCACAGAAGGUGGUGUACUUCAUCUAAUUGAGCAGGAUGGAACGGGUACGAAAUUGUGCCAGUUAGAUUACCGUGUCGAAUUCGUUGCCCACUAUCAUCAAAAGGAGCUACUCAUUGCUCUCGCCAGCGAUCUGAUGCUCUACCACUUCAACAUUACUCCAGAAUCAACGAUUGAAGAAAAACUAAAAGUAAAAUUGAAUGGAAAAGCUGGAAGCACUGUGAUUGUGCUCAAAGAAAAUCUCCUCCUAAUCUCACACCAAGAGCGAGAUCUCAGAGUAUGGAAUCUUGAAACGGAGGAAAAUGGGACAAUAUCCUUACAAUCUGCAAAGGGACACGGUGCUGAUGAUGCAGUUCUUUGCAUGGAUUAUUCGAAGAAAAAGGGAAUGAUAUCAGCCGGAACUUUGAAAGGAAAAGUUGCCAACUGGAAGUAUCGCGUUGGCGAGGCGACUGUAGAAAGCUCCUGGCGUCUUCAAGCUGGAAAUCAAAUUGGAGAGAAGGUUACCUCGAUAGAAUGGUCUCCAAUGUAUUCGGCUUUGGCUGUGAACACAGGUGCUGAACUGACAAUUCUACAAGAGGAGAACAACAUCAUUUGUUUGAGAAAUAAGGUAGCUGCAAUUCAAAGUGGUCCAUCGUCAUUUACCCUACUUAAUGUCAUCACUCAUGUUAGUCAAGAAUUGAAAUUAAAGUUUGAAGUCAAAGGAAUUCAUAUACAAGAAAAGCAGCUUGUCGUCUGGGGAGCGGACACGGUCUCAACCUUCGACGUACAGUCAUCGUUAGCGACUAUUCAAUCUUCCACAUUUACCUGUAAGGUUGAUGAUGUUGUUCUGUAUCAUCAGACGCUUUAUUGUGUCGAGGGUGACAAAAUCAAUGUCAGGACCCUGCAGGGAACAGUUCGUCAAAUUCUCUCCCUGCCUGAAAUGGAAGGUGAUCCUGUUCUAAUCCAUUCAAGUAAAAAUUUUCUAGCUGUAGCCACAGCAACUGGUUUCAUCCGGAUCUACAGUUUGAGCGGCAAAGAAGCACGUCAAGAGUAUCACUCGAAAUACAUGGUAGAAGCUCUGGACGAGUUUCAUCGCUUCGCUUCAAUGAAAGUGAACAUCUCUGGCAACAGGGUUGCCUGUAUCUACUAUGCUACACCGCUCAAACUCGGGGACCGCAUUCUUGUAUGGGAUGCCGAGGCCGAUCUGAUAGCUUAUUUCUCAUUUGCGCUUGGGAUGACCGAUCAGCAACAGUAUGAAGCGGAGGCAGAGCUAGCUAGCUCCCAAGGUCGGCCAGUGACAGCGGCAGCGAGGAAAAUGGAGCGUGAUCAGACGAGGUUUCGAUUGCCAAUGCAUGAGCCAGCAUCAAUUUUCUGGGAUGAAACCGAUGACCGCUUCCUUGUCUGCCAUGCCCAACCAACUUCACAGCAUGUGGUUGAUGACAUGAUCCUGACCAUGUUCGUCACCUCUGAUCACGGCAUUCAUCUUCAAGAUUUAUCUCGCAAAUCGUCCGCUUCGGAUGCUCUCAUCGGUGUUUGUGUGCCAAACCUUUACUUUACGAAAAAGAUGGAAUUUGAAGAAGAAGAGAUUAGAGGCGAAAAAUCGGUUGGACGCUUCUUGAUCGCUCGUUCGUUGCGCGAAUUUUCUGGUGUUGAAAAUUGUGACGACGCAACCAGGAAAGGAAUGAUGGACUUUUGUUAUUACCUAAGCAUCGGUCAAAUGGACGAAGCUUUCAAAGCUAUUCGAUUUAUCAAAAGUGAAAGCGUUUGGGAGCACAUGGCAUCUAUGAGUGUGAAGACACGACGAUUAGACGUUGCUGCCGUUUGCCUUGGAAAUAUGAAGAACAUCAGAGGAGCCAGAGCAUUGCGAAAAGCUCAGGAAGCUGGCGAAAGCGAGGUGCUGCAAUGCGCUGCGUUGGCCGUCGAGCUAGGAAUGCUGGAUGACGCAGAGGCGAUGUAUGUAAGUGCUGGACGAUAUGACAUGGUCAACAAAAUCCACCAAGCUCAGAAUGCGUGGAGUCAGGCUUUCGAAGUUGCUUCACGUUACGAUAGGAUACAUCUGAGAAACACGCACUACAAUUAUGCAAAAUAUUUAGAAAGAGCUGGAGCUCUUGAACCUGCUAUUGAAAAUUUUGAAAAGUCGGAGACUCAUCAUUUUGAAGUGCCACGAAUGUUUGCUGAUAGCCCUAAGAUUCUAGAGGGCUACGUAAGAAGAAAACGAGAACCAGAACUACAUUCAUGGUGGGCGCGAUACCUGGAAAGCAUUGGAGAACUAGAAGGUGCCAUGGGUUUCUACAGCGCAGCUAAGGACAAUUUGUCGCUGGUCAGAAUAAAAUGCACCCAGGGAAAGCUAGAGGAGGCAGCUAAUCUAGCGCUGGAAACAAAAGACAAGGCUGCUUGCUUUCAUGUUGCUAGAAUAUUCGAAGCUGAGGGUGAUUACUCAAAAGCUGUUGAUUUCUACACCAAAGCCCAUGCAUAUAACAGUGCUAUAAGGCUGGUUAAGGAGCACGAUAUGAGAGAUUUGUUGGCAAAUCUAUGUUUGAUGGCUGGAGGUAGUGAAAUUGUGGAAGCAGCUCGAUACUUUGAAGAUAUACCUGGGUACACGCAUCAGGCAGUGAUGCUAUAUCACAAGGCUGGUAUGAUAGGCAGAGCGCUCGAUCUUGCCUUUCGAGCUGAACAAUUCAGCGCUUUGGACCUUGUGACCAAAGAUCUUCAUGCUGGUUGCGACCCGAAUGUUCUCAAGCGUGCAGCAGAAUUCUUCGCAAACAAUCAAAAUUAUGAAAAAGCUGUUGAACUAUUGUGUUUGGCUAAAGACUUUCGUCAAGCAAUUGAUCUGUGCCAAAAUCACAAUGUAAGGCUAACGGACAAAGUGGCCGAGCUUAUGACACCUACCAAAGAAACUACUCCUAAUGACACUGAAAGGAAGAGAUUACUCGAAAACAUAGCAGAGCUGGGAGUGCAACAGGGCAACUAUCAUUUUGCAGCGAAGAAGUACACUCAAGCUGGUGACAAACUUCAGGCUAUGCGAGCAUUGCUGAAAUCUGGUGACACACAGAAAAUAGUAUUUUUUGCUAACACCGCUAGGAAUAAGGAUAUUUAUAUUUUAGCUGCAAAUUAUCUCCAGACUACCGACUGGCAAGGAAACGCGCAGAUCAUUCGAGAAAUUGAGACAUUCUAUUCGAAAGCGCAUUCUAUGCUUCAUUUGGCAAAUUUCUACAAGGCUUGCGCCUUUAUGGAAGUUGAAACGUUUAACGAUUUUGCAAAAGCAGCUGAAGCACUCACACAUGCACAAAGGACCGUUAUAAAUGCUGAGAACCAUGCCAUGAAGAAAAGAGGAGCACUCUUUUAAAGUGUCAGGAGAGAAAUUUUAAAAAUUCAUAAAGAAAUUCGGUGGCUCAAAAAGCUCAGAAAAGUCAAACGAAGCUGCAAAGCUCUUCAGACGAAGCGGAUACAAAGAACCGACCUUUUAGUAACAAAAGGUGAAGAAAAGGUUAUCCGAGUAAAAAUCAUUUGUAACUUAGUAUCAGGUUAUAGUUUUGCUAGGCCCGCCGCUCGUCCGAGUUAUUCUCUGAGUGCAGCAAGAAAGACUAGACACUUAUAUAUUAGGUUGUUCCGAAAUGAACAAAGUGCAAUGCAAUUCAAAAAAGAAGAUAGCGAAAAAUUGCCAAAGAAUGUAAAAAAUAAGUGGAUACAAAUGCCAGGUAUACCCAAAACCUCAUGUGUAGGACUUUCGAAAGACUACGGCUAUUCCAUUAGUCAUGACACCAAACGGUUCCUUCCCUCAAAAUCAAAAGGGAAACGUUGA